CCUGUCGCGCGCGGGGGGGUUGUUUCUGGCUCCUCCAGAGUUGCCGCCGCCGCCGCCGUUGCUGCUCCUCCUCUCCCAGUCCUGGGUGUCCCUGGCGCCGCUGCAGCCGCUCCUUUACGGUCUGUAUGAGGAGGAGGAGGAUGUGAAGAUGGCGGAGCUGCAGAUGCUGCUGGAGGAGGAAAUCCCGGGGGGCCGCCGGGCCCUCUUCGACAGUUACACUAACCUGGAACGGGUGGCUGAUUACUGCGAGAACAACUACAUCCAGUCAGCAGAUAAGCAGCGAGCCCUAGAAGAAACCAAAGCUUACACUACACAGUCGUUAGCAAGUGUGGCCUAUCUGAUAAAUACCUUGGCCAACAAUGUAUUGCAGAUGCUGGAUAUCCAGGCUUCCCAGCUAAGAAGGAUGGAAUCUUCAAUCAAUCAUAUUUCACAAACUGUUGAUAUUCAUAAAGAGAAAGUUGCAAGAAGAGAAAUUGGUAUUUUGACUACUAAUAAAAACACUUCAAGGACACAUAAGAUUAUUGCUCCAGCUAACCUUGAAAGACCAGUUCGUUAUAUUAGAAAACCUAUUGACUAUACAAUUUUAGAUGAUAUUGGACAUGGAGUAAAGGUGAGUACCCAGAACAUGAAGAUGGGUGGGCUGCCUCGUACAACACCUCCAACUCAGAAACCCCCCAGCCCCCCUAUGUCAGGGAAAGGGACGCUUGGGCGGCACUCCCCCUAUCGCACACUGGAGCCAGUGCGUCCUCCAGUGGUACCAAAUGAUUACGUACCUAGCCCAACCCGUAGUACGGCUCCCUCGCAGCAGAGCCCUGUGAGGACAGCUUCUGUGAAUCAAAGAAAUCGAACGUACAGCAGCAGUGGGAGUAGUGGAGGAAGCCACCCAAGUAGUCGGAGCAGCAGUCGGGAGAACAGUGGAAGUGGGAGUGUGGGAGUUCCCAUUGCUGUCCCGACCCCCUCUCCUCCCAGUGUCUUUCCAGCCCCUGCUGGCUCUGCUGGUACUCCUCCCCUUCCUGCUGCUUCCGCACCUGCCCCUGCCCCUCUUGUGCCUGCUACUGUCCCUUCCUCCACUGCCCCAGAUGCUGCUGCUGGGGGUGCCCAGGUCCUUGCUGAUGGCUUCACUUCUCCUACUCCCCCUGCUGUUUCUUCCGCUCCCCCUGCAGGUCAUCCUGUUCAGUUUUACAGUAUGAAUAGACCUGCUUCUCGCCAUACUCCCCCAACAAUAGGGGGGUCGCUGCCCUAUAGACGCCCUCCUUCCAUAACCUCACAAACAAGCCUUCAGAAUCAGAUGAAUGGAGGACCUUUUUAUAGCCAGAAUCCAGUAUCUCUUGCUCCUCCUCCUCCCUCCAUCCUACAGGUAACUCCCCAGUUACCUUUAAUGGGAUUUGUGGCCAGAGUCCAAGAAAAUAUUUCAGAUACACCACCUCCACCACCACCUGUGGAAGAACCAGUGUUUGAUGAAUCCCCUCCUCCACCACCUCCCCCCGAAGAUUAUGAAGAGGAGGAAGCUGCUGUGGUUGAGUAUAGUGAUCCUUAUGCUGAAGAAGACCCACCAUGGGCCCCAAGAUCUUACUUGGAAAAGGUUGUGGCAAUUUAUGAUUAUACAAAAGACAAGGAAGAUGAGCUGUCCUUUCAGGAAGGAGCCAUUAUUUAUGUCAUCAAGAAGAAUGACGAUGGUUGGUAUGAGGGCGUUAUGAAUGGAGUGACUGGGCUCUUUCCUGGGAAUUACGUUGAGUCUAUCAUGCAUUAUUCUGAGUAAUACUCAGCAGGGCUCUAUUUCCCUCCCAGAAUAGUCAGGUCUUCCCAGAUUAUGAAAAGGCCCUGGGGAUUCCCCCUCCAAUGAAAUGAAUGAAGGAUACAAAUGAUAAAAACUACUUAAGUUUUUGGUUUAUCCCCCAGUAUUAAACAAAAAGCAAGCCGAGGCUGGAUAAAUGGAACUUGCUGCCUUCACUUGUACUACGCUGAGCUGUCUGGAUUGAAAUAAAGUGAGCAUUUUUGAAUGUCAGAGCAUACCUAUGUGAAACGAAUCAGGUUAAUACUGAUUCAGAAAAGCAUCUGGGAUCUUUCUCAGGAAUACUGUACACUCUUGGGAUUUCUCCUCCUGCAGAACCUGUGGCAUUGGAUGUUUUCAGUGCCUGUGCGAAGGGGUUAGCCUCUCGGUCAAGUGUGUACCCCAGCUCCACUUUCUUCCAGUUGUGUGAGGAGGGGACUGAUAUUUAAAAAUCAUACUUAACCCUUUUUAUAACUGUUUCGGAUGGCAUAUUUCUUCUUUAAUGCUGUAAAUUCUGCAUUUUCUCAGCACUAAAGUGCACCAGAAGAGUUAAUGCUGAACUGACUUGCAUCCCUUCAUGUUUCUCAGUUUGCGGAUUAUGAGGCUGAUGAAAUGUGAGUCUCAAACAUUCUGAGGGUGUUUUAACAGUUGCCAGUUUGAUUUUAACGUGCUGCUGCUGCAUGAGUCUGCAUUGCCAUAGUGGCCAGUGUAUCCAGGUGUGUGAGUGUGGUAGGCUGGUUACAUGUUCAAGGAGCCACACAAAGCUAGACACGAAGAUUCCUAAGGUUUUGAAGAUACUGACCUUUAGAAAUGUCCUGCUCAGACAGGCAUCCUAAAUCCUUGCCAUAGAUGCUGUUUUGAGGAGUAGGAUCUUGGAGGUCAGACCAACUGUUUCUUCAUUUCACUGUUUAGAAAAUCUUCAUUUCACUAUUUAGGAAAAUAGUGUUUUUUUUUUAAUAGUUAAUUUCAUGUCUCUUGAUGGUCUCUGGGAAUGAAAGGGUUGCUACUGUACUUCCUGAAUGUUAUUAAUGGCCACAUGGUUAGCUGUUUAAUCACUUAAUUCUAUAAAAAGUAAUGUUCUCCUGAUUUUGUGUAACUGCCCUAUGGAGUAGCUACUCCUGGUGAAAAUUUGAAACCUGUAUCACAGACUAAGUAUAGUAGAAUAAGGCCAACUACUAACCCAUCCUUAUAAACAUUUGUUUUAGUUUGAAAAUUUUUUUUUUUAAUCUGUACACUUAACAGUUUCAGAUCCAGUGGCGUCUGUUAGGAGGAUGACUUUAAUCAUUUCUAUAUUUGAUAGAAGGAAUAUUAAAAUCCAGGGGUUCUUGAUACUCAGCAGGUCAACACUGUGAGGAGCAUUCAGCUCAAGGUCAGGCCCCAAACUGUCCUGAGUUUUUCCUGCUUUCCAGUGAGUUGGCCAGAAGAGAGCUUUGCCAGGUAACUUCCUGAGCAGGGGUAAAGGGGACAGAAAAAUGCAUGUAUUCCAAUGGUGGGCCUCGGGCAUGAUGGUGCAGAUAGGGGAACAAGAUGGAAAGAUGAACAGGUAUAGCAGUGUAUGAGGGAAGUUGAUGUAGGCAGAAUAUUCCCUUUGUGAAUCUGAAAGCUGAGAGUUAGUAUCAUCAACAGAGAUAUGUACAGUCUUACCUUAUGAGGUCCUUGUCUUGUUUCCAACUCCCUCCCCUGCCAUUGUAAGUUAGCAGUUUGCUUUGGUUUCUCCAACACAUUAGCUUUCAUUAACUUGCCUCCAGGUGACGUUCGACUUUACACUUUUGUUAGGUCAUUGGUUACCUUUUAUUCCUGUUUCCUUCAAAGUAGUAGCUGUCAGUGCUCAGUGAGCCUUCAUAUGAACCAACACAGAACACACUUAGGUAGUUUCCACCUAGUUAGUGUAUGGCUUGGUAGAGUUGUAAAACAGGUGACCCAAUUAUUUAAGUAACUUUUUACUAAGAAAGUUUAGUGGAUUAAUAAGGUAGUUUAUUUUGAGAUCUCACAAAUAGUCCCCACAGCUAACAGCUACAGGAGACAAUUGUAAAACUUUGGUGUCAGUGAGCUGGCCCCCUGGGCUUGCUGAAUCCAGGAAUGUGAAGAAGACACCUGGGAAGGUCUUUGUACUUAACAGUCCCCAGCAGGGGCCUGUGGGUCAGCUGUUUUCUUCCCAUAUUAUUUAGUGUAAUGUGGGUAUAAUUUUUGUUUUUAAAGAUACCUGUUUGAUUUUCUGAAUACUUUAAAAUUCUGAAUUGUGUAUGUUGUCUUGGAGGGGAUAUAUGUAAUGAUGGGCCAGGCCUACACUAACUAGAGACUUAAUAUAUGUAAUAUUUCAUAGAUUGCAUGCAAUUAAUAGUCUGUGAGGAUACUAUUUUUUUUGUUUGUGAAUUCCCCCCCUUUUUUUUUAUAAAUUACAAGAUGUUAGUAGAAGUUCCAAGUAAACACAGAAAUCUAUGUGCUAUAUAAAAGGCAGCAAAGAUGAUCCAGUCUAAAACCUGCUGACCAGCAAGCAGCCAUUUUAUUUCAAUACAGGAAACCUUGAGGGGAUCUUUUCCACCCUCUAAGUAAUUAUUUUUGACUUAUGUCCAUCCCUUUCCCUUAUUUGGAAGAGAUAUUUGAAUGUCUUUCUCAGUAUUUUCCAUCUUUCUGCUAGCCCUCCCCAUCCUAGGUUUAGCAAGCACCUGUUUUUACUGUUCCCAAAUCAGUAGAUGGGGUGAGACAUUUUUAUCCCAUGUUUCCCCCUCCUGCUGCUAUUUUCCACCCAGCUAGAAUGUUUUCAUGCAUUUUUAGUAGUUAUCUGUAAUGUAUCUGUGCUCAUUAGCAGUCUUAUGUUGAUUAAAGAUUUUUCUGCUUGAGUUGUAUCAAAAUGAUGGUCGUUUGCUUUUAUCUUUUGUGUUUAUUUUCUUUUUAGCAGGUGAUCUUUCUGCAGUAAGAACUGUUUUGUUUUUAAUUAACUUUCUCCUUGGUGGAGAAUGUAAGCCAUGUCCUGAAGGCCACCUUUCCCCUUGAAAAGGGUUUGCAUGGAGGAAUGGGCAGGUUACUGUCAAAUCUUUGAAAAUAAUGGGGAUCUGAAUUACUUUCCACCAGUUCACUUUUGACCAUCUUUGGCCAAGAACUCCUGGUUUGUGUUAAGGUGAUGAUUAACUUUACAUGAAAUUACAGAAUUUUAGAGCUAGAUGAUUUUUGAAAUUCUUUUCAUUUUAUUGAUGAAGAUAGGUAUUUCAUUUCAGAUUAACAGCUAGUGGAGUCCCUGGUGCAACGCAGGCCGGUCUUCUUUCUGCAGUUGUGUUAAUUGAAUGUGCUUUGUCUUUUAAGAGUUCUACUUGAUUGAUGUCUUCAGGACGAUACUUGAAAAGCUGUGCCAUGUUACAGUAAACACCUUAAAAGUAUUCAGACUUCUUAAAGGAGCAUAGUAAGUGUAAUUUUAGUGAAAAAUAUUUUAACUUCUGAAACCACUUAAGUACAAAUGGUCUUUUCAAUACAGUGCAUGUAGCAUAAACAUUCAGCAACUGGUAGGAGCACAGCAACAAGCCCAAGCCCUUAUAAAACAGCUCAAAGGCAUUAUGCUCAUCUUAAGUUUCUUAUUGUGAAUCUCAAAAUUGAAUCAUGAAAUGACAGGGCCUAGCUGUGUAUAAAUGAUCCUUGCUAAAAUAUCUUUAAGGUUUUUGUAAAAAGCAAAACUUAUUUUCACAUUAAAACAGAUGUUUUUUGCAACCUCACAAUUCUAUGGAAAAGCAGUUUUUAUCAUAUUGUGUCCAUACAUCUUUUAACAAUUUCUGACCUGGCCAGUUGUACUUUAAGCCCCCAACGGGAGGUGUGGUAUUAUGAGUUGAGUGCAGGGAAACUUGAGGGAGCAGUUUGUUGCCAGUGAUGUUUUUGUGUGCCACCUCCAGAUGAGUGGGGGGGAACGUUUUUUAAUUUUGGAAUUGUAUUUGGCAUUGUUGAAUUGUUGCAGUGUACUACGAACUUGACCUAAAUAAAAUCCCACAAAGUAUAUUAAAGUGUCUUGUGAAUAAUGUGUUUAUGUACUCUAUAUACUAUAUAUAUAGUUUUGUGAUAAAGGAAAUCUGAGGAAUACUCCACUAACAUUUUUAAGUAUUUCCAAGAGAAGGGGCUGUGUAGUUUGAUUAAGAAAUGCAAGCCCUGAUAAACGUAGUCUCAAAGUUUAGUAUCCAACUUGUCGCUAUUCUGGAGUGAUACAGCUGGUUGCAAUGCUCUGUGGUUCUGUUGUCUUCACAGCCUGCUUUUACUGUACACUUCUUCCUCUGCAGCCAAACAGAGGCAGAUAUGACAGACGGUGAGUGAAGGAGCGCUUCUUUUACUGUAGUUUGAUGAAUACAUGUUCUGAUAUUAAAGCCUUGAAACAAAAAAACUUAAGUGUUUAGAUACUGCCAACAAACAGCAAAAUUAGGUAGGUUCUUAGCUGUCGUGCUCCAAGUAAAGUCCCCACGUUUAAAUGAAAUUCUACUUUUUUAUUAAGGAUUGUGUGAGGUGACAUAAAAAUGUAACUGAAAAAUUCACACUGACUGCUGUGCUAAUACAAUAGUUUACUGACAAGAAUGACUUGGAAUAUAACUUAAUCCAGCAGUAGAACAAAAACAUCAGUAGUAUGGAAUAUAUCUCUCUCAUAUAUCUAUAUAUAGCUAUAUAUAUAUAUUUAUAUCUAUAUAUAGGUUUGCACAAUCGGGGAGCAAGGCACAUAUGAAAUGAGCAAACAUUUGAACAGGAACGAAAAAAACAGCAAAAGGAAAGAAGUAACUUCAUUUUUACCAAACUCUUCAUAAUCAUUUGAAUGUCCUCUACUGAGUAAUUUAUAAUGCAGUUAUUUUGCCUUUUCAUGCUUUUAAAAAAGUAUAUUACUACAUUGUAUCUUUAUUGAUGACAAAGUUCCCACAGCCUAAGAGUCAAUGUCAGAUUUUUUUACAGAAAUGGGAAGACUGAAUCCCAAUUAAAUAUAUGUGCAAUUUUUCUACACAGUAAGUGUUUUUACAACAGUUAGCACAAUAAUGUAUUUUAAUGUACAUUUCUAUAAAAGGAAUUCACUAGUGGCUAAUAAAAGUAAGCAAAAUCAUCAGAAACAUUCCAGUUAGGAUUAUUUACAAGUUAGUGAAGAGGUGGGAUCAUGAAAAAAAAAUGGCAGUUUUUGGUAUUAGGUUACAAUCUAACAAUGGACAAUUCCCAAAAUGAAAAGAUUUUUUUCAAGUGGCACAAAAGCAUGUUCUGCCUAAGAAGAGGUUGAGGUUUCAGCAAUCAUGAGCUUGGUUAAUAUAUCCACGAUCAACACACUCAUGUCUACACCCAGCCACCUUUGCACACACAGAAGUCACCUCCACCCUGACUGGACUCACUUUUCUAAAUGUCUUUGGUAGAAAGUAGCCAGACUCCAGGUAGGUAGAUGAAGCCAUUUCCUUCCUGUAAGCCAGUCACCGUUUCUGCCCUAAUGAGAGACAUUUCCUUCUCUCCUUAGCACCUCAAAAGUUUGUGUGUUUUUAAUGCUAUUCCUCCAAGCGUUCAAGGCACUGGGGAUUAGAGCAGAUACUGUUUUGUCUUUUAAAUGGUUGAUUACUUCAACAAAGCAAAGAGCAAAGCAACUGGAGAUUCCCCCCCACCCCCAUCACAUGUUUAUGUUUUGCUUAAGUCUACAGCUAUGUUUCAGAUUUCUGUUACCCUUAGACCCUCCUACGGGCACAAAUACGAACCAAGCACUGUUUGGUUUGCAGACUGGUAAGGUGUGGAAUAUUUAGUUUUCUUGCAUCUCUGCGGAUUGAGUCUCAGCUUUGUGAGGAGUCACAUUCCUACAGGCUAAGGGGUAACCCAUCUCUUACCAGUGACAUAAAGUGUACAAACACAAAACUCAGUGCCAGAAGGCAUUUGCAAUCUAUAGUGGUAAUUUAGAAAAUAGAUACUGUCUCAUUAAGUGCAUAAAUCCAAGUUAUCUUACAAGGAAAAAUUUU